AUGAGCACUGUGUCGAUCAGCAAGUCCCCGUCGGUGUUAGUCGCACCAUCGGAGGCGACGGUCAACGGCGGCGACAUCAUUCUCUCGUCUUAUGACAAGAUGUUUGGUGGUAGAUCAGUUACGGUGUUCUUCAUCUUCGAGUAUCCAAUCCAAGAUCCCAUCGAGACGAUCAAAAGGGGAUUGUCCCAAGCACUUGUCCACUACUACCCUAUCGCCGGCCGCCUUGCUGCCGGGGCCGCAGCCGGCGAGUUCGUCAUCAGAUGCACCGGAGAGGGGGUGUCCUUCGUUGCGGCGUCUGCCAACUGCGCCAUCAAGGACGUCCGAGAGUUUUGUGACUCGUCGCUGCAAGAGGAGCUCGCCGUCUUGUACGCGGACGAGGGUUUCAGCUACUCUGAGCCAUUGAUGCUGAUGCAGGUGACCGUCUUCUCUUGCGGCGGGUUCGUCAUUGGGGUGACGUUGAACCAUUCCGUUUGUGAUGGCAUCGGGAUGGCGCAGUUCAUGCAGGCGAUGGGAGAGCUCGCCCGCGGGCUACCGUCGCCGUCCGUCAUCCCGGUGAGGUCCAAGGAUUCGUUCGUGUUGGACUUGCCUCCAUUUUCCACAAACUUUGUUCGCUUUCUGGGCACCCUCCAGCCCUCUCCAAUGGAGUUCCUGGACAUUACUGUGCCAUCAAGCUUAAUCAACCGCAUCAAACGCACGUAUACCAUGAAUUACGGGCAGCCAUGCUCCGUGUUCGAGGCAGUUGCCGCAGUUCUAUGGCGGUGCCGAACCCGUGCAAUCAUGUCCGAUCCGGCGGCCCUCGCCGUGCUUACAUUCCCAGCAAACGCACGAAAGCAUGCGGUUGCCAGGGAGGGCUUCUACGGCAACUGCGUUACCGCACAGCUGGUCAUGGCGACGAGUAGCGCGGUGGCGAACGGCGACAUCAUGGAGCUAGUGAAGAUGAUCCAGCAUGCCAAGGAUCGGGUGCCCGGCCAGACGGAGAUCGACGAGAUGCGGCAGUUGGAUGGGUACAAUCUUUUCCUCAUGUCGUGUUGGCGAAACCUCGGCAUGGAGGAGAUUGACUUUGGCUUUGGACCGCCGGCGAGAUUGAUGGAGUACACGCAGGUAAGGACGAAGCUGCCGAGCUGCGCGACGUGCGUCCCUUGCAAGGACGAGUACAACGUGCAGUCCUUGUGCGUGAAGGAGGAGCACGCCGACGCUUUCCUCCAAGAAUUAGCUAAAAUCCACCUCACUUAUAAUCCGCUUUCAGUUUCAUCUAAGCUUUGAUUUUCUUUCGGAUGCAUGGAGGGAUCGUUACUUGAAUUUAUUUGCUUGCUAUAUACUACUACUAGCGUUCUGCGUCGCCUCUGCUUUCUUCUUCUGAUUUAGUAAUAUGUAUCUUUUUUUUUCAAAGCAUUUUACAAGAUAUGUUACACUACAGAAAAAAAAGGUCCUAUAUUAUAAGACGGAGUGAGUAUCUUAUAUUCACCGGAGAAUCUAAUGAACACAUGUUCCCACCAAGUUUUUUUUUUCUUUCUCGGUCUGUUUCUCUGGUAACUGGCCGGUUUAGGUUUAUCGGAUGUUCCGGCCUGCUCUGAGAAACAUUGUUCUAUUAAAAAAACCGGAUAAAUUUGAACUUUGAACAUAGAAUUUGACCAGAGAUAAGGAUGACGAUUUUGACGCAAUACGGGUCUCUCAGAGGAUUUCUGAAGCAACAUUGUCCAUGACGCAAAGGCGACGAAGAAUGCUAGUAGCGGUAAAGUGACAUUGCCAAGUUUUUUACUCUCGGUACAGUGACGGCCCAGCGGGGCAAAACAAGGUGAAACUGAGAAGCGGCUCCGAGGACCUGAUUUCAUGACCCUCAACAUAAGCAGGUUCCGCAAUGACCAUCGCACCACCACGGUUCAGCCAUAUAUAUGGUACAAAUGUAAAAGAAAUCAUUCUUGAGAAAAUAUCCUGAUUUUGUCGACCAGUA